ACUUUAUCUUUGGUUAAGAUGAAUAAUAUAAUGCAUUUCAAAAGAUGCACAUUGAUGCUUUACAAGAUUUUAAGAAAAUAGCUUUCCACUUUUUUUAAAUGGAAGGUCAAAUUUCUAAUAUCAAAGAGCUCUUAGAAUCUCUAAAAUCCAAUCAUGCAUCACUUGUUAAUACACCACAUGAUUCUCCUUUGAGUGUAGAAGAUGGGAUGAAAAUAGUGAUCAUGAAGAAUGUCCUAAAUUACAAAAUGAAAUUAACACCUUCAAAUGACAACUUGUACAACCAUCUAUACUUCCAAUUGUUUUUUGAAACCCUAAUGAUAAUAAACGAUCUUUUAAGAAGCCUUAUUAUGUCUAUGUCAAUUGAUUAAAAAGAAAACCUUACACUUUGAGGAUUAAGUAUCAUAUAAUUAAAUGGUAUGGAUAAAACUUUUUUAUCCUUAUCUAUAAAAAUGCCACUGCAUCCUUUUAGGGGCAUUUCAUUUCUAAAUAAUGCUUUAUCUAACCAGUCACCAAUUUCUAAUGACAUAAUCACAUCGGUAUUAUCGAUUAGUUUCAACUUGUACACAUAUAUGAUGGUGUUAUGGAAUUAUUGUUUCAAACCAACGAGAUAUGUUGUAGUGUUAAUUGAUUUCAGGUUCCAAUACAAAAGAUGUAUCACUAAUACCCAUGCCCUUUUUCACUCUCACUUUGUCAAAAGAAAAUGUUUUGAUGAAACCAUAUUCACUUCUCCUCUCUUCUGUCUCUCUCCGGUAGUGAUACAAGAACAACUCUUUCCAUUAGUAUGUCUCAUUCACCCGAUUCCGAGAUUUCGAAGGCUGAAAGUAAUGGCAAUGCCAUUUGAGAAAAUUGCUGAUAUUAAUGAGACAAAAGAAUUAUCGAAAGUUGCAGUAAAAGUACAUCACAAAUGGACUGUAGUUUCUAACAACAAAGAGCACAUUGAGCUUAUAUUCGUUGAUGCAGACAACAUCCUUAUGUUAUAAGGUUUACAGUUGGAACUCGUGUCUCUGAUAUCAACAAGCAUGAAAUACCUGGGAAAAAGUUGAACUUCAAGCCGUUUGCUGAGAUUAUUUCUGGGAACUGGAGGAGUGAUUUAUUAGUUGAUGUCAUUGGACUAGUAGAAGAGAUUUGAUAUAGACAGAUGAGUGCUGGCAACAACAAGCAACAAGUGAACCUAAUUCUAAAAGACCAUGUGAAUGACACAUUGAACUAUACUUUUUUGGGAGACAUAUGCUGUUAAAUCAUGAACUACGUUCAAAUGAACAAAGACGGUGGUCCGACAAUCAUAUUGUUACAAUAUGCGAAAGUUAAAGCCAAAGGCAAGUAUCCGUUUUCAGUAUCGAACACAUACAACAUAACUAAUAUGCUCAUUAACGAAGACGUCUCAGAUAUAGUUGAAUUUCAAAAUAGGCUGCCAAAGGACAACAACAUUGGAAGUUCAAGUCAGCUGAUGUAUACACAAUCUAACUUGUGAUCAAAAAACUCAUCUGACUCUCAAAUGACUUCAUAUGAUAAUUUCAUGUCAAAUGCUACGCCUCUCUGUCUGCAAGUUAUAAUAAACCUUCAUAAUUUGUCAUGAUGUGUUACCGUAGCAACCACGAAAAAACUGAAAGCAACUGGAAAUGGUUGGUACUACCUGGCAUGCUGUAAAUGUCCAAGAGUAGCAAAGGGAGCCCCUUCGCUAUAUACAUUUUCUGAUGGACAUUCACCCGAGACCGACAUUUAUAGGUACAAAAUUGAGUUUGAAGUAGUUGAUAAUGGAAUUUCAACCAUUUUUGUGUUUUGGGAUCGUGAGUGUAAUGAAUUGUUGGAAAUAUCUGCAUCUCAGCUCCGCCAAACAAUGUUGCAGGAUGGUAUUAGCGAUCCACUUGAAUUUCCAUUGGUCCUUGAUAAUUUAAUUGGGCAUGAAUUUGCAUUCAAAGUUAAAUGGCAACCAAGGUGGAAAAAUGCAAGUGUCAUGACGGUCAUACAAGAUAAAGAAACUAUUCAUAAAUUACUAGCACAAUGGGAAGUUUGUAAGCCUACUACCAAUGAAGUUAAACUCUUUGAUGAUCAACUUAGCCAGAUAAGGGAAAGUGUUAAUGAAGCAAUGUUGACUGAGGAAUGGAAUAUCAUAAAUGAUUUGGAAAUCACCUCUAAAUUGAAUUCACAACUUCCGCCUUCUGAUCCAUCUACAACCAUGAACUAUACAACCCCUGAAAAAGUCAAGGCAACAACAUCACCACCAAUAUCUCCAAUCAAUGAAAUAGUUAAGUCAACACCACCACCACCAGUAAUUCCAAUCAAUGAAAUAGUUAAGUCAACAACAACACCAUCAGUUACUCCAAUAAAUUAUGGGAAAAGGGUUGCAGUCCAUGCUUCAAGCUAUUCUUCCAUUUUGAAAGAACUGCCUGAAGGAGAACAAUCCAUAACUAGGCUACGUCGCAAGCAUGUAAAGUUAGAGAAGAAAUAACUAAUGUUAUAAUGUCCCUAUGAUUUUCAAUGUCUAUGUGUGUUGUUUCAUAUUUUAUGUCAAUUGUCUUUUGUAAUAUACAAUUUGGAUGCAUUAUGUAUGAAGAUUUGUUCCCUAUACUAUUGCCCUAAUGACGUCGAGUUUUAUAUUAAUAUCUGAGAUGAUCACAUUUAUUAAAUAUAUUUCAACAUACUCUUACAAAUAUCC